AUGGCUCCUCGUUUUCCCAGUCCUGAGAAGCAUAAUGCUGGGAAAGUCGUGAGCUCAGCAAUCCCGCGGUGCAUGAUGCAUAUCCCGAAUGAUACGAACAAACAGGAGACAAGUGUCCCCAGUCUUAAUUCGUUAGUCUGGUUGUGCAUGUCCCACCAACAGGGACGAAUAGCGAGUCAUCUUAAGUUCCUGAACAGCAGGGAUUGGGUGACUUCGUGUCCCAGGAUUUCAGUGGAAUGGAUGAUGGAGCCGAGCGAAACGAAAGACUCUCGGGGAGGCCGAUGGUGGCCGGAGGAAAAGAGGGGGCCACCAUGGAAGAAAAGGAAGGACUCCAGGGAGCCUAGUAAGCCUGCUCCGAUCAUUUGGGGGCCGUCUCACCCCAGUACACUAGCGGACGUAAGAGCCUAUCAAGUGCCACUCACUAACUCUCAGAGGAGGAUAGUGAUGGCUGGGCUACUGCAUGUUGAGAUUGUCCGUCAAUCACCAUGGUGGACUAUCAGACUGAUCACUCCAACGGCUUUCUCGAUCCCUGUCACUGGAGUGGCUCCCUUCUCUUACCAAGCUAAGUCAGAUCUGCCAACUCACUCUCCUUGGUCGCUGGCCUGGUUUUUGGCCCUUGCAGCCCACCCUCCUCCCAAUGACCUUGACAACCGAGCCGCUAGCAUGCAUUCUGCUUACUACCAAAUUCUAUUGGGUGAGGGUCCGGCUUACUUGUGGUCUUUUACACCAUGGCCGGACGACCGCAUUGCACACCAGAAAACAUUGUGGGCUAUCACGUAUCCGUCCUACAUUGCUGCUACUCUCUUUGUAGCGGUGUAUGGGCUGCGGUGGGGACGUGGUGAUGAUACCUCGGGUCAAUAUCGCGGUGUGCUUUGCAAUGAGCUCCCAAGUGAUGCGAGACAAAAGGGAUCCCAAACGGGUCUGCGGCGCGCAUGCCCCGUAACUCGGGUGGGCAUGGUGUACGCAUUCUUGGCUCUGAUAGGGGCAGACUCGCCUGCGCCAGGUAAGAACGAGGAAGAGAACGACAUGCCAAGCCCUGCGAGCUUCCUAGGCUAG